AUGGAAAUUGCAAUUCCUGUAGAUCAGUUGCAAAAAUUUCAAUAUACCUCAGAGAGGUUUCUGGUUUUGGCGUUCAAAGAAAACUUUGUACGAAUUUAUAAUGAAUUUCCUCACGAUAAUCUUGAUUAUAGAAUUCAAAUUCCUAAUGAUCCGAGUCAAGGUCAACUUGAUGAAGUGAAUAAGAUCAUUUUUUCGUUCGAUGAUUCCGUAGAAGACAAAACGGUUCAUAAAUUAGCGCGAGAAAUUAAAAAUUGGCCAAAUAAAUCUGGAUUAACACCUUUGAACCUUCUGAACGGUAGAAAUGUACAAAAUCUAAAUUUCCAUAGCAAUAAUUUAACACGAGAGAACAGUAAUUUGUCUACCAUGUCUCUUCUUGAUACUGAUGUUGGUGAUGAAUUGAAGGAUUUCAAACCCUUGUUGCAACCAUCAAAUGUUCAAAAGUUGCCAUCACAAUUAUCUUCAAUUUCUUCUUCUGAUCAAAGUGAUGUGAGAACAUUUCAAAAUGGAGAAACCGAUGGAAUGUCCGAAUUCUCCGACGUUACACCUCCUGAUAAUGAUGAAUUAAUUCACGUAACAUGUUCAUUCCUAACUCGAAAAUAUGCAAUGUUAAUACCACAUGAUAGAACUCUUAAAGAUUUAAUUAAUGAAAUUGAACAAACUCGUAAUACCAAGAUUUCCCUCAAUCGAUUAUUUUAUAAAAAUCAAGUUAAUGAUAAGAUUGAUAUAGUUGAUGAUGAUGAUUGGAAGAUUGCAAAAAAGGAAGCUCGAAUUUCAAAGAUUAAUAUGAUUACUUUACUUUUUGCGUGA